UGGGGCUAAAUCUAUAACGAGAUAGCUUGACAUCACCAGAGUGACGUCAUACUAGUAGUUGUGUUCUACCAGUUUCUAAGCCGGACACAGUUGUUAGCGCGUAGUCUUGUUCAGUUGUGUUACAGCUGCUAGUGUUGUAAGCAAUAAACUAGCAACACGUCACAUGGUGUCAGGAGUGGGAUAUUCGACAACGCCUGUCUAGCCCAGAAACACACUCAACAAGUUUACCGCCUUUUUUCCGUUCGACGACAUGGCCACGAGUCAGGAUGCAACUGCAAGACAGCCAGACACACCAGGCUCAGCACAACGCGGAGGAUAUGCUAUCUUCGCUCUGACAGCGAAACCGCCUGCCCCACUCAAUGUGGAAGAUCGCGCGCACCGCGGUGAGAACUGGCGCCGUUUCGAGCGGGACUGGAAGAUAUACGAGCAAGCCACCAAGAUCUCCAUUGAAGCACCCGAGGUAAGAGUAGCAGUCUUACUGAACAUUAUCGGACGUGAUGCUUUAGACAUGUACGAUACUUUUGACUGGGGAGACAACCCGGAACACAAAGACAACAUUGAGAAAGUGCUUGAGCAAUUCAGGAACCGCCUAGUUCCCGAGAGCAAUGAGACCUACGAACGCUACAAGUUCUCAGAGGCGGAUCCAGACGGGGGCACUGAGGGCACGUGCCCCAUUCAGAAAUACGUCUUCUGAUUAUUUUCGUCAGUCAGUGCAUGAACUCAGAUUAUCCAGUCAACUUGCUUCAACUCGUGUCCAAAGCUUCCUUACCAGAAAGGCUUUGCUGCAGUUUUACUGGUCUUUUGUAGUUCUAAACGAAGUCAAGAUAUCUAUACAUGUUUCUCGGAACAGAAUUUAACACAUAUGUCAUCUUAAUUUAAUGGACAACUAAAGCAAUUUCACAUCACUUUUAAUGAAUGUGACGUCAUACUAUUUCUGAUUGGUUUUUGUGCCCCCCUUCGAUUGGGUUCUGGAUCCGCCUCUGGUUCUUUAAGCGGAAUCAGGAACCAGAGGAAAUUAUCAAUGCGCAUGUAACAGCCGUUAUGAAACUCGCUGACUCAUGCAAUUUUGGCGCCUUGAAGGACAACCACAUCCAGGACCGUCUGGUCCACGGAAUGACCCCGUCCGUUUCAAACUGUUAGGGAAGAAGCAGCUCAGUCUAGCGAAAUGCCUGGAAAUCCUUCAAUCCAGUCAGGUAACUUUUCAAUGAGCACAAGAAUUUCAGUUGAUGAAGCAGCACCUCUACACUCAGUCAGGCGUGGACCACCAUCCAAGAAUAGAAGGCUACCUUCAAAGGAAACCCAAGCGAACGAGAGCAGCAAAUUCAAGACUCAUGCACACAAAGGAAGAUACAUGGGGAAGACAACUGACUCAAAGAAAUUGUGCAGUUACCGUGGACUGAAUCAUACCCCACAGAAGUCAGCGUGUCCAGCUGCAGAUGGGACGUGUCUCAAAUGCAACAAAUUGGGACAUUUUGCAAGAGUUUGCCGAUCGAAACAGACAUCCACUACUACAACCAAGAAACCGGUCAAGUAUGUAGAAGAACAGGAGGAAGUAGAGUAUGUACGAUUAAAUGUCAUCGACACAGCCAGCACAGCACGCAAAGCAUUUGCGACGUUCAGAGCUAUUAGCACGAAUGAAGACAUCAAAUUUCAGAUCGACACUGGUGCAUCGUGCAAUGUACUGUCAUUCAAAGACUAUGCUAGAACCACUGGAGACAGAAAAGGCCAAGAAUUGUUGAAGACCAACACUAUCCUGGUAAUGCACAACAACGCACACGUUCGUCCCAAAGGAACAAGCUGGAUCACCGUGCAACAAAAUGGUCACACGUUUCGAGUUCAUUGCUACAUAGUGAAUGGAAAUGGAACACCGUUACUAAGCCUGAAAUCAAGCCAGCAGCUAGGUUUGAUCAAGAUUGUUGAUAGUGACACAGUAAACGUAGUCGCAGAGCAGACCUCGAGCAGCAACGUUCUCAAUGACCCAGUACUACGUCAGUACAAGGACUUGUUCCAAGGUUUAGGAUGCCUUGAGGAAGAAUACACAAUUAAACUGAAGCCAGAUGCCAAACCUGUGGUACAACCACCACGCAAAGCACCUGUUGCAUUGAGAGAAGCUGUGAAGGAAGAACUGGCAAGGCUCACCACAGAAGGAGUAAUAACACCUGUAACUGAACCGACAGCCUGGGUCUCUGCCAUGGUAGCUGUGAAAAAGAAAAACGGGAAAGUUCGAAUAUGUAUCGAUCCCAGAGACUUGAACGAGUCAAUAAUGAGGGAACACUACCCACUACAAACAUUUGAAGAAGUGGCAACUAGACUCCCGAAAGCCAGAGUAUUUUCAGUCUUUGAUGAUGCAAAAACUGGUUUUUGGCAAGUAAAGCUGGAUGAAGCAUCAAGCUAUAUGUUACCAUGUUCAACACUCCACAUGGUCGCUAUCGCUGGAACCGAAUGCCUUUUGGUAUAACUCUGCACCCGAAGUGUGGCAGAGGAGAAUGAAUGAAAUAAUCGAGGGCCUACCUGGAGUGGAAGUUAUUGCGGACGACUUCUUAGUCAUUGGAUUUGGUGAUACAGAUGAGGCAGCUAUCCAAAACCACGACCAGAAUAUGAAAGCUUUCCUAGAGAGAGCACGUGAACGAAACCUGAAGUUAGCACCUGAAAAAUCUCGUUUGCGACUGAAGGAAGUCUCUUUCAUUGACCACAAGGUCACGUCAGAAGGUAUUGUAGCAGAUCCUGCCAAGAUCAAAGCUAUACUGGAAAUGCCUACACUAACAGAUGUCAAAGCACUUUGACGAGCACUAGGAAUGACCAACUACCUCGCCAAAUUCCUGCCGAAACUGUCGGAAAGAUCAAGCAUACUCAGAGAACUAGAACGCAAUGGCAGCAAUUGGCAAUGGUUAGACAAACAUGAAACAGUGUGAAAUGAAAUGAAGCUGUUAGUAGUCAGUACCCCUGUACUAGCUUUCUACGACACUAGGAAAUAUGUCACGAUACAGUGUGAUGCGUCACAGAAUGGGUUAGGUGCAACCCUACUCCAAGAAGGCAGACCUGUCUCAUAUGCAUCUAGAGCAUUCACCAGUGCCGAAAAGAACUAUGCUCAAAUCGAAAAAGAGUUGCUCGCCAUAGUUUUUGCUUCUGAACGGCUUGAUCAAUAUGUAUAUGGCAGACAAGUCACAGUUGAAUCCGAUCACAAACUGUUGGAGUCAAUUGCAAA